GCAAGAAUCCAGUGGAGGGAGGCGUUGGGGGCACACACCAGGCAGGCAGCCCCAGAAAAAGCCUCUCGGGAGCAGAACCAGGCUGGGGCCGGGGCAGCCCCCUUGCCACCUCCCUGCAGGCAGGCUGCCAGUGCCCACUCCGUGCGGGGCUGACAUCGCCCCCGAGCCCCCCGCAGAGCUCUGAACCUCCUCCCCCGCCCCUCGGGCAGCUGGGCCAUCCUUCCAGCGCAUCCCACAGCCCAGCAGGGGCCCAGCCCAGUAAGAGCUGGUCCGAAGCAAGGCAAGGGUCUCGACCCAGCUUCUGCCCCUGCCUUCAGGCGAGGUGCGGUAGGGCUGCCCGGGGGUCCCGGCCCAUCCCCGGCCCCGGGAUGAGCCGCCUGCUCCGGCCCCGAGGGAGGUACCAGCAGGGUCGGCGGCGGGGAGAGGGCCAGGGCCGGCCCCGAGCACCCCCGAGCCCCCGGCUCCGCGGAGUGGGCCGGCCGAUGCGAAGGCAGGGAACGAGCCCGGGAGCGGCGGGCAGCACAUGGCGGGCGGGGGGGGGUCACCCCGGCAGCCGCCACCUCCGUCCCGCGGGCGGCAAACCCCGUCCUGCUCCCGGGGACCUCCCGACGGGAGCCCCGCCGGCACGGCACGGCACUCACCGGCGAGCGGGGAGCUCCGGCACGGCGGGGGGCUCCGGGGAGGCACGGCACGGCUCCAGCACUCACCGGCGGGCGGGGGGCUCCGGGGAGGCUCGGCACGGCUCGGCACUCAGCGGCGGGCGGGGGGCUCCGGCACGGCGGCGGGCUCCGGGGAGGCUCGGCACGGCACGGCUCGGUACUCAGCGGCGGGCGGGGGGCUCCGGGGAGGGGAGGCUCGGCACGGCACGGCACGGCUCGGCACUCAGCGGCGGGCCCGGGCGCGGCGGUUUUAGCGCCGGUGCGGGCGGCGGGCGGGACGCUCUGUGGGCGCCACCCCUCGCGGCGGGGCGCGCGUCCCUGCGGGGGUGCCAGGGGGGUGCCCCGUGGGACCCGUCCCCGCCGCCUCCGCGGGCCGCCCCCUGCCACUCCGGUCCGCCCCCCCGCCCCGUCCGAGGGCCGCCCUGGAGCCGCGGGGUGCGGGUGGCCGGGGCGUCCGCUGUCCCCCGCGGGACCGGGACCGGCCCUCCGCCCCGCGCGGUGCAGCCCGUCCCCACGCUCCGGGGGGGCUGGGUGAUGCGCGGGGCCUGGGGUCAGCGGGCGGGGACGUUCGGCCCGUGGAGCCAAACCCCUUCCACACAUAGCAGCCGAGGGGAGCUCUCCCGAGAGGGAAAGCCUCCUGCACACCCCUCCAGCCCACCCCUCCCUCCCCCCGCGGCGCUGCUCUCUCUGUCCCCAGGCUGAGUAUGUUCUCGAGAUCUUCGGGUUUCCUCCCGGUGCCCUGUUUCCUCCCCUGCAUCCAUCCAUCCACCCACCCAGCACCUGAAGCCCCCCGGAUGAGGUUUCUGCUUGUGUUCACUUUCCUUCAGCUGAGCUUUGCCUCCUCUCGGAGUUCCCCUCUCCUUCAUCUCCUUCAUGCUUCCCACUGUCAUGGGCUCUGCCAUGGAUUUUUUUCUCCCAUGUUUUAGCCACUUGGAUGUCGGCUCACCCAAGGUGGGCACAGCUGCACAGUAUCACUCUGUCAUCCAAAAUCACUCCCACCUUUGUGUCUUCUGCUGAGGCCUCCCCUCCUCAUCACAGAGCUUGAGACAAGAGGCCCCAGACAAGUUACUUCUCCACACUGACGAGCUGUACCUCUUCUGCCUGGCCAUGAAUAAAAAGCCAGUGGAUCUGUGGCAGUGACUGUCCGGGUGGCAAGGAGGAGGGCGACGCAAGCAGAUGCUCCUCACUCUCACCUCCUGGCUUGGAAAAGGCAGAUUCCAGCUGCACUUGCUUUUUAUGGAGCCCCUAACUGCCAAAAAUAUCUUCAGACCAUCUCAAGUAUUUAUUUGAUUUUUUUGGUAGAGGGAUGUGCCUAUUAAAGAUAGCUGUAUGGAAAGCCUCAGGUGUUUUAAGCCCUGUUCAGAUUUAAGGACCAAUAUGUAAUGAGGGAGCUGACAGCUGGUUUGUGCUCUCCAGGUUUAGGAUGGUGGGUGGUUUCUCUCGGCAGGCAGUUUCAAUCCACGCUGCCUUGGUGGAUUCAGGAGCCCACCACGAGCUCUGCCUGCCUUUUGCCAGUGCUGCAUCAGCCCAAGCAAGCAUCCUCCGAGUGGGUGAGUGGGCAGGGGGAGACUACAGCGUCUGGAGGACACAGGGGCACUCAUGUGCUUUCUAGCUGUGCUGGCCCAGGGUUUUCUUUAGCUCUUACUCUUCCUAGCACCUAACCACCAGUGAAUGCUGACACCUUGGUAGCUCCAGGAGUGAGCUUCGUUCCUUCAGCUUUAGUAGCGAGUUCUCGAGUCAAGAGGUCUGUGUCUGGGCAACACUCUACAACAUGCUCCCAUGACUGACCGCUGCAGCGAGCACCACUGCUCAGCCCAGCACCAAGUGAUUCCAGCACCGACAACUGGUGAACAAAGGGGCCCUCCACCGAUAAACACUCGCCUCACCUCAGCUGUCUUGGAGAACAAAUACUGGAACGUCAGCCAGAGACCUUGGCCUGGCAAUCCUGAGCUGUGCUGGGGACACUUCAAUCUUUCCCCCAGAGUGGGGAAGGCAUGCGCUGACCCUUGCCAUUAGCUGCUGGCUUGUGCAUGGGGACAGCAUCCCCUCAUGGGGUUUCAAUUUCAUAGAACAGAAUCAUAGAAUUGUUUAGGUUGGAAAAGACCUUUAAUAUCACCGAGUCCAACCCUUAACCCAGCGCUGCCAAGCCCACCACUAAACCACAUCCCUAAGUGGCACAUCUACACAUCUUUCAAAUCCCUCCGGGGUGGUGACUCCACCACUUCCCUGGGCAGCCUGUUCCAGGGCUUGACAACCCUUUCAGUGAAGAAAUUUUUCCUAAUACCCAAUUUUAACAAAACCUGGCUGCCUGCGUGUACUCCCAUAGGUACAGGAGGCCAGGCAUUACCAGGGAGAAAGGUCUAGUUAUUAUGUUAUUGCAGAUGGGAAGUACCUUUACUGUUCAUCUCCAUUUAUUUCAUGUUCUGGCUAACCAUACCGAUUGACCGAUGCCAGCAGCAUUUGGCAGCAUCCCUUGGUUUUCCCAGGUUGGGGUGGUGCAGAACAUGAUCUCACCCCUUGCGAUGCAGGACCUAGAUUUAGCAGACAUUGCAUGUCUGAUGGCAGCUGAGAUGCCAUCAGGAAGCAGUGGUAUCAGAGCAAGCUGACCCACCAUAGUGGGAGGGACCCAGCUCUGGUUUGUCAUGCCUUGGUCUGGGGUUUUCCACCAUGACUGGCACAGCCCAGCCCAGCAAGGGCUGGGAACCCCCAGUAACCCCCAGUAUUAUCUGUCAGGUGUGUCUGAUACCUUUCUUCUCUGGAUUUAACCCUUUGGGCAGUUUCUCUGGUCUCAAAAAUGCAAAUAAAGCAAAGCUUUGCUUAGAAGUGGAGUAACUUACUUUGAGUCAUUU